AUGCCUUCUGCCACGACAAAGUCGUCUUUUUAUCUUCCCUUGGUGGAUAUCACACCUUACCUACAAGAUCCCAACAGCACUGCGGGCCAACAGGUUCUUGAUGAUGUACGACGAGCCUGCACUUCAACGGGAUUCUUCCAGUUAGUUGGACAUGGCGUCCCUGCUACACUUCAAAAGAAUCUCUAUAACGCUGCUGCCAAGUUCUUUGCCCUUCCGAUGGACGUCAAACUUCCUCUUGAUGUCAGGAAAAAUAUUGGUUUCAGGGGCUACGACGUCAUGGCUUCGCAGUCCUACGAGAAAGAUGUCUUGCCGGACCUCAAGGAAGGCUAUAUCGUGGGGACCGACAUUCCUCUCGACGAUCCCCGUGUCGUGCAGCGACGCUUUUUCAUGGGUCGGAAUAUCUGGCCCCCAACCGAAGUCCUGCCAUACAAAGACUUCCAGAAAGUGGUCGAAGAAUACAAUGACGUCAUGCUGCGGUUCUCAAGGGUGGUUGUGGAUCUAAUCGCUGCCACAUUGCCCUACGGACCGCAUGUGUUUGACGAGCUCAUGGAGAACGAUCCUGCAUGCCCACUCCGUCUCUUGCACUAUCCCCCGACCCCAAAGCAGGUUGGUGGCGAGCGACGACAAUUGGGAAGUAGUGCACACACUGACUUUGGUUUUAUUACCCUUCUGUUACAAGAUGAAAAUCCAGGUCUGGAAGUACAAGACCGUGAGACUGGAGAAUGGAUUGGAGUGCCUCCCAAUGAAAAAGCUUACGUUGUCAACAUGGGAGAUAUGAUAAGCAGAGUGACUGGAAAUCUGUACAAAAGCAGUCUGCACCGUGUGUUGAAUAAGGCCCCAACGGAUCGGUAUAGCGUAGUGUUUUUCGUUGAUGGAAAUUUGGAUUACAAAUUGCGGCGACUCGAUAAGAUUGGACAGCCUGGAGAGGAUGAAGAGGCACCCACCGUUGAGGAACAUAUGGAAGAGCGGAGAAGAACUACUUAUGGGCUUGGCAAGAAGUGA